GAGAGACCUCGGUGUCCGGGCCGGGGGACUCAGACUCAGGGCUGGGGAGCAAGGACAACAAGUUGCCAUCGAGCUACAGAGUAUGUGAUCGUCUGUCGACAUCAUGGCUGAAGGUGGUGACAGGGAAGGUGAUUCAGUGACCUCCACAUCAAAGAAACAAAAAGGUGGAAAAUUAACUCAAGUGGGCAGGGUCUUCAAAAGGCUCUGGGCAGGCACCUCAUCAAAAGAAGAUGGUCAGAACACAGGAACAACGACAGAAAAGCAAAGUCGGAUUGAGAGCAGAACGUCAAUGGAAUGUGAACCCGCCGAAGAGGAAAGGGAACAAUGUCAGUCCCGAGGGCAAGGAAUAGGAGACUUGGUUCACGGCCCUGGAACUGACCCAAGUGGCAAAAUCCAUCAUGGCCGAGAUUCAUCAAACAAGGAAUCAUCAAGUCUCAUCCAAGGAGCAGAGCAGCAGAAUAUGGUAACACCUAUCCACACCACGGCUGAAGUUGGAAACAGCACUGCGGCUCCAGUGACCUCAACAACAAGGACGGACACAGAUCUAAUGUCUACAUUAUCUGAGCUCCUGACACAGUGGAACGACUACCAAUUAUUCCAACUGACAAAUUUCUAUCAGGAGAGACUGAAACCGGCGAUUGAAGAAGGGGUUGAAAGUCUCGGCCUCAUGAUGAGGCCUCGGGGAUAUUUCAGUGAACAAGAACACGGGAGUGUCGCUGAGCUUGUGGUAAAGGGACACCGCAGAGACAGUUCCAUACUCUUCCUCAGUCUGGUGAUGGGGAAGGGUAACCGUGCCCGGCGGGUGAUGUGGGAAUCCUUUGUGAAAAUGCAGAAUGAAUUACCAAAGCUGAACAAAAUACUGAAAGAAAUCCAGGAGCUCGGUCCUGAUCCACAUGAAUACAUGAACAUCAUCAGAGGUUUAUCUGUAUUACCCUCUCAUAUGGAAGAUGUUCAACAGAAACACAAGGAGACUCUGCGAGCACAGACUGAAACACUGAGCGUGAACACGAUCCUGAUGAAGGAGAAGGUUAAGGUUUUCCAGUUGCUUGAUCGAUAUGCUGAGCUCACAAUCAUCUCCACUGUUCGAGAUCGGAAACUGGUGGAACAUGAGCUGCUGGCAAGAGGCCGGGACCAUGAAGAGUGGAGAGAGAAAUGUCUCCGGAGAGAACUGGAAAAAAUCAGGACUGAUCAAUUGUUCCAGAGCAGCUUUACCCGGCGUAAAACCCGAUCUGGGAGUUCAGCAUCAGUGGCCGGAGUCGCGGGGAUUGGAAAAACAACAAUGGUGCAAAAGAUUGUUCAUGACUGGGCCACGGGGAAAAUAUACCAACACUUCCAGUUUGUCUUCAGUUUCAAAUUCCGGGAUUUGAACACUAUUAACUGCAGAGUAAAUCUGAGGGAACUGAUUCUGGAUCAGUAUCCAUACUUUGGGAAUAUCCUGGGAGAGGUCUGGAAGAACCCAGAGGGAUUGCUGUUUAUAUUCGAUGGUUUGGAUGAAUUCAAGGGCAGAAUCGAUUUUGCUGACAGUCGGAGAGAUACAGAACCUAAGCACCAGUGCCCAGAUCCCGAGCACUGUGAUACAAUCAAACACUUCGAACUGUGGAACUGCCGCAUUCAGUGA